CUUCCUAAGAGUCUAGAGGUGUAUUUGAGUGUCUCCUUCCUUUGACUACCACGCUCGGACUUAAUUUCCCCGGGAAUAUUCGCGCUGCUGAGGAGAGCGAGAGCAAUACCAAUCACAUGAUCGUUAGGCAUCUUUCGAUUGGCUGGUUAUGUCAACAUAAUACGGUAGUGAGUGAAAAUGGCAGAACAUGAAAUGCCAACUCGGAUGAAAUAAGAGGAUCGCUAGAGCUUCACAUUGAAUGUUUCGUUGUUAAAGAUGAUGAUGAUGUAACUGGACAAACAUACCCUGGUAAUGGCCAAGGUGACGGAGUUCCAGUGGAGGAUUCCUGUUCCACAAGCCCUGCUCGAUGGAGCUGUAUUUGACCGCUGGGAUGAGGAAUCCUCGACAUUGGAGUCUAACUGCACGGUGAAAGUUGACGAUUAUGGAUUUUUCAUAUACUGGAAAAGCGAAGGCAGGGAAGGCCAGGUGCUGGAGAUAUCACAGGUCAAUGACAUCAGGUUGGGCCUUGCACCAAAGAUCAAUGAUCCCAAGGUGUUGGCUGAGCUGGAACAAAAGCGUUCUGGGAGCCUGGAGUCUCGCACAGUAACCAUCUGUAGUGGCCUAGACCUGGUCAACAUCAACUACACACCUAUGAUCGCUGCUGAUCCAGAAACUGCAAAGAUCUGGUUUCAAAGUCUCCAACGGCUCACUCCUAACACCAAAGCUAACAACAUUUGCCCUAUGAUGUCACUAAGGAAACAUUGGAUGAAGCUAUGCUUCCUAGUGAACCCAAACGGCAAGAUUCAAGUUAGAAGUAUUACAAGAACAUUUGCAUCAGGCAGGACAGAAAGAAUGAUAAUGCAGUGUUUAAAAGACCUAGGACUGCCAGGUGGAAAGUGUGACGACAUAGACUUAUCAGCAUUUACAUUUGACAAAUUUUAUGAACUGUACCAUAAAAUUUGUCCUCGCACAGACAUCGAAGACCUUUUCAAGGAACUAAGCGGAGAUGCUAAUAGAACCUACCUUACUGUGCCACAGCUUAUAACAUUUUUCAAUGAACGCCAAAGAGACCCACGUCUGAAUGAAAUCCUCUUCCCUUAUUGUGACGAAAAGAGAGCUCAGUCUAUCAUACAGAAUUAUGAAACAGAUCCAGAAUAUGUAAAACAAAAUCGGUUAAGUUUGGAUGGAUUUUGUCGUUACCUGAUGUCCGAUGAGAAUGCGCCUGUAUUCCUUGAUCGGCUGGACUUCUACAUGGACAUGGACCAGCCUCUCUCCCACUACUAUAUCAACUCCUCCCACAACACGUACCUCAUAGGCAGACAGUUUGGUGGACGGUCCUCAGUCGAGAUGUACCGCCAGGUGCUAUUGGCUGGAUGCAGAUGUGUGGAACUUGACUGUUGGGAUGGAAGAAAUGAGGACCAGGAACCUAUCAUUACUCAUGGCAAAGCUAUGUGUACAGACAUCUUCUUCAGGGAUGUUAUCACAGCUAUAGCAGAGACUGCAUUCAUCACCUCAGAGCAACCUGUUAUACUGUCAUUUGAAAACCAUUGUAGCAAACCUCAGCAGUAUAAGAUGGCCAAGUAUUGUGAGGAAAUCCUCGGUGACUUCCUGUUAAAGCGUCCCCUUGACACAGUCCCGCUUGAACCAGGACAACCACUUCCUUCUCCAAGUCAACUGAAGCGAAAAAUACUGAUAAAAAAUAAAAGGUUGAAACCUGAAGUAGAGAAAAAGAACCUGGAGCUCUUCAUGAAGGGUCAAGAACAGUUGAACGAGGAUGUGGAGCCAGGCGAGGACCCGAGUGUGGUGAUAGCCAGUGUAGAUGGUGAAGAGGGACCGUUAAAUGGUAAAUGGUCCUACUGUAAAGACAUUGACCCGAGUGUGAUCAACCUGGACACAGAUGCCCAUCCUGAGUUUAAGAUGCCCAAGUCCAAGCCUGCUGUAGAACAGAACCUAGAGUUAACUGAAGAUGUGCCCAACAACAAGAUGUCCACCAGCAGUAACAGCUUCAAGUUCAAUGACAAGAAGGUCGUGGAGGAAGAGGGAAGUCUUACAGCAGAUGAGGAAGCAGCUUUAAUGUCAGCAUACCACUACAGUGGCGCUACCACCAACAUUCAUCCCUACCUAUCCGCCAUGGUCAACUAUGCCCAGCCUAUCAAGUUCAACGGCUUUGAUGUAGCUGAAGAGAGAAACAUUCAUUAUCACAUGUCCUCCUUCAAUGAGAGUACCGGCCUGGGAUACCUGAAAUCUCAUGCUGUCGAGUUAGUCAAUUACAACAAACGCCAGAUGAGUCGGAUUUACCCGAGAGGCAGCCGUGUGGACUCGGGCAACUACAUGCCACAGUUGUUCUGGAAUGCGGGCUGCCAAAUGGUCGCGCUAAACUUCCAGACUCCAGAUAUAGCCAUGCAACUUAACCAGGGCAAAUUUGAGUACAACGGUAACUGUGGGUAUUUACUUAAACCAGACUUUAUGCGCCGGCCUGACAGAACCUUCGAGCCAUUCUCCGAGAGUCCUGUUGAUGGGGUUAUUGCAGCACACUGCUCCGUACAGGUAAUAUCGGGACAGUUUCUAUCGGACAAGAAGAUAGGGACCUAUGUUGAGGUAGACAUGUAUGGUCUGCCAACUGACACUAUCCGUAAGGAAUUCCGUACCAAGGUGGUGCCGUCCAAUGGGCUCAAUCCUGUAUACAAUGCCGAGGAGUUUGUCUUCAGAAAGGUAGUGCUUCCUGAUUUAGCUGUACUUAGAAUUGCUGUGCUUGAAGAAACUGGUAAACUAAUAGGCCAAAGAAUUCUACCCCUGGAUGGGCUUCAAGCUGGUUACAGAUAUAUUUCUCUACGGACUGAAGGAAACUUCCCUUUGUCUCUACCCACUGUCUUCUGUAGAAUAAUCCUGAAAACCUACAUCCCAGACAAGCAUUUAGAUUUUGUGAAGCUUCUGUCAAAUCCUGAGAAACAACUAAAGGAGAUGGGGAUCGACACAUCUGACAUCAUUGACAGUCCUGUACCGUGUCCAGGUCCAGCUAAUCGCCAACACAGUGGCUCAGGCUUGACUGUGGGUAGUAAUGGUCAAGUGAUCUCUAACUCCGGCUAUGCUGACAAGCCUGCUGGCACACCCAAUGCCUCGCAGAAGAAGGAGGAGAAAAAAGAUGAUAUGAGCUUCCCAGCCAUCACUAGAGACCUGCUGAAGCAAGCCAAGGCAUUCCAGAAAAUUCUUAAGAAACAGCAGCGUGAGAUGGAGGCAUUAAAAAAGAAACAGCAGAAGGAGAGGUCGGCCAUGCAUCGCCAACACUGCGUAGUUGUCGACAAAAUGGUUGCGAAUCAUAAUAAGGAACGGCAGGGAUCAGACAAAAAGAAAAAUGGUGAUAACUCAUUUCCAGAGUUGAAAAACACAUCCAAGAUAACUGAAUUAGUGACUGACCACACGAAGGAGUGGUCAGACAUGGUGAUGAGACAGGUGUCUGAGGAACAUGACCUGCGUAAGGAACACAUUAAUCAACAAAAUGACUGUCUGAAGAAGCUGCUAGAGGAAGGCCACCAAGAUCAACUCAAGGAGCUCAACACAAGACAGAGCAGGGAGGUGAAGGAUCUCAAUGCCAAUCAAGUGAAACAGUCUAUGGAGUCCAGUAAGGUCGUUCAGAAUGACAAGUCCAUUAAGAAUAAGGCAGAGAGAGACAGGAGAAUACGUGAACUUAAUGAAAAUAACACGAAGAAAUUUAUUGAUGAAAGAAAGAAACAGACAAUGAAACAGUCCAAACAAUUAGAAUUGCUCAAAAAGAAUCAUCAACAACAAAUGGAAAAGUUUUUACAGGAAAGCAAAAAGGAGCUGGAAAAAGCAGACAUGAUCCAUGAAGAGGUUAAAUUAGCUACAAAACCAGAAACUGAUGUCUAAUAGCUGCUAGUAUUUUGUUAUAUUCUGAACUGUGAGGAACAACAACAGACUGGAACCUGUAGCUUACCUGACAGAUAUACUGUCUGCUACCUGUAGCUUACCUGACAGAUAUACUGUCUGGUACUAUAGCUUACCUGACAGAUAUACUGUCUGCUACCUGUAGCUUACCUGACAGAUAUACUGUCUGGUACUAUAGCUUACCUGACAGAUAUACUGUCUGCUACCUGUAGCUUACCUGACAGAUAUACUGUCUGCUACCUGUAGCUUACCUGACAGAUAUACUGUCUGCUACCUGUAGCUUACCUGACAGAUAUACUGUCUGCUACCUGUAGCUUACCUGACAGAUAUACUGUCUGCUACCUGUAGCUUACCUGACAGAUAUACUGUCUGC